GCCUCCUUCAGCCCCAUCAACACCACAAGCGCCUCCUUCAGCCCCAUCAACACCACAAGCGCCUUCUUCAGCCCCAUCAACACCACAAGCACCUACCCCAGCCCCAUCAACUCCACAAGCACCCACCCCAGCCCCAGCCCCAGCCCCAUCAACACCAAAACCUACCGCAUCUGGAUCACCGCAGCCUCUUCCAGCAGCAUUACCGCAACCCCAACCCACUCAAAAGAACACUUCAGCAUCUGAUUCCUCUUCUAAGGUUAAUUCAACACAGAUACCAUCUUCUACUCCUGUUAAAGAAGCAGCUUCUCCCAUUAAGAACGCUGUAUCUGCAACAACUAACUCUACCAACAAUGCCACCACCUCAUCAACAGGAGCAAGUGUCGCAAACAACUCUACAAACAAUGUCACAAGCUCCUCAACAGGAGCAAGUGCAUCAAGCAAUUCAUCUGGCUCUUCAGGUAGUACCGCUGCUGUUACUCCUGGGGGAUCUGCUGGUUCCGAAGGAUCUAGCAAAGUUACUGCCACUGAACAAGAGUUUACUUCUGCUGUUUCUGCUUGCGGAUUUCCCCAGCCAUCUUCGGAAAAGUAUAAAGCAUUCAUUGCGGGUAUCCCUUUUUCAGCCAUUAACUCGAAACGAGAACUCGCCAUGUUCUUGGCCAAUGUCCUACAUGAAUCAGAUGGUCUCCAAGCCAAAUCUGAAAUUCAGUGUCAAGCCAACGGUUGUAAAGGCCAGUACGACGCUGCGGCAGAUGGUACCGUUUUCUUUGGACGUGGAUAUAUCCAAUUGACAUGGAAAGCAAAUUAUGCUGCAGCUUCUAAAGAUCUUUAUGGAGAUGAAAAGAUCUUGCUUUCGAACCCAAAUUCUGUUGCAACUGACGAAAAAGUAGCAUGGGCUACCGCUUUUUGGUACUGGAAAACAAGAGUACAUACUGCGCCUGGCGUAACGGAAGGAAAGUUUGGAGCUACUAUUAAGGCCAUUAAUGGCGCCCUCGAAUGCGGUGGCGGCAGAAAUCAAAAAGCCGUCCGUCGCUUUGAAAUGUAUUCUAAAAUUAUGAAAGCCUUUGGGAUCAACGAGACCCCUAUUGAAAGUGGCUGCUACAAUUGA